AAGAAUCCCAUGGCAACGGAUCGUAUGCGUGCGCGUCUGUGGCCACUAACGGAGUACAGAGUGUUCGGGAAAUAAGUACAAAUAAAUAUAUAAGAGAUAUAUUGCGUUUAUUAAAAAUGUUCAAGUAGAAGAAAGGAUAGAAUGUCUCUAUUCAAAAGCAAACAGUGGUGGAGAACCGAAUGUGAAGUUAACGAAAAGUACGAUAAACGGAGUCUGCUCAUUGCACCGUUGUUUGGAGUCGAUACAAAGGACAUUAUUAUCGUCGGUAGUCAUAGUGGAUAUCUGAGGCUAUACUCACCAUCGUCCCAAUGGUCGGAAGAGACUAAAGAAUCCUCGGGCUACAAAUCCACGGACCUACUUCUUGAAACAAAAUUGGCCGACUGUAUAGUGGACCUAAAGGCGGGUAAAUUUGCAUCGGGUUCUCAGGACAUGCGUCUGGGUGUUCUUACAUCCACUAAAUUAAUCGUAUACAGUGCCACCCAGAUUCAGGGAUCUACUGAGCACGGCGAUCGAUGCAUGUUAAAUGUGGCAUAUGAACAUGUUUUAACACGUUUCCCAAUAUCGCUGACGGUGGGUCCUUUUGGGGGUGUCCGUUCACGCGACUUUCUUUGCGUGCAAUGCGUUGAUGGAACCUUACUGUUUUAUGAGCAGGAAAACUUUACCUUCAUUCAAACCCUUAACAAACGUUUACUACCAAGUUCACUUAUCUACAUUUCACGAAACGAUGUUUUCGUCACGAUGAGCUCCGACUGGAUUCUUGAAUGCUACAAGUAUCAAAAUAUUGCGGACUCUAGUAGGAGCGAAGAUCACCAAAAUGCUAUUAAAAAAAUGACUAAGAAUAUCGAGGCGGAUUGGUCCUACAAUUUGGGCGAAGGUGUCUUGGAUAUGGACGUUGUUACACUGAGCAGUUUCGAGGUUGGAAUUGUUAUUCUAGGAGAGAAAAACGUCUAUUGCCUUCGUGACAACUGUGCAGUUAAAUACGCCAAAAGACUGGAAUAUGAGGCGAUUUGUUUCCAUCCUUAUGUAAUUGAACCAGAUGGAAAGCUAAUGGUCUUAAUAGCGACAAAUACGGGCGUUCUCAUGAUAUAUGAAGACAGCAGUCUCAAAUGGUCAGCCAGAUUACCUUUCGUUCCUGUUGCUUUGGUCAAAGCAAAUUUUCAGCAUCUACAGGGCGCGAUUGUGAUGCUUUCCGAUGAUGGUCGUUUAGAAGCCUUCUACUUGGGAACACAGCCGUCAUUGUUCGUGGCACCGCCACUUCAUCGUCGUAAAUUUGACCAUGCGGAAGGAGAGAGAGAACUUGCACUGUUACGUAAACGUCUUAGAAGAUCGGCAAGUUUCGGUAAUUUUCUAGAUAAUGCGAGAACAGAAAGCGAGCUGAGUAUUACGGUACGUGCCUCUCCGCAUCCGGAUAUCUGUAACUAUGAAGCCAACGAAAUGUCCGAUCAGAUCAAAGGAUGUGUCGCGUGUAAAGUCACAUUGGAGCUUUCUUCAUAUUCACCACUUCAAGAUGUACAAAUUUAUCUUAAUGUUUCACAGCCGUUAACUUUUAACCAGGAUAAGUAUGCCAUUCCAAAUCUAUGUGAUCGACAAGUCCUGCAGACAAUGAUUUAUACCAAUGGGAGGAUAUCAUCGAUGUCAUCGGAAGCCCAAAUUACAGCCACCUACGGAACACGAUUUGGGAGUCAGCGUAUUGUACGAAAAACGAUUCAGCUACCUCUUAGGCUGUUCUUAAAUCCCACCAUUCCUGAGAAUACAGGCUCUUUCAGCACAAUUGUAAAAUCCUCUGAAGUUUUAGUAAAUUUCGGUCAGCUCUUUCCUGAAUUCGUUGGUGAAUAUUCCCUUAGGCAAAAUAACAGUGCUCUUGGGCUGCAGCAUAUACUGAGCGGUUCUGUCGUGACAAUACUUUAUGGUGCUACCUCAAAUCGUUACCGAAUAUUAUCGAGCGUUGCUCUCGCUAGUACAUUGGUAAUUGAGCAGUUGCUAUUGAGAUUAUGCACGUUCUCAUCCUCGCAAACUUUCAAAGCUUCAAUCAGCCAGGACCACUUUCAAUUGGUGUACUCGCAGAUCGAUGCCCACUUUUCCAGCAGGCAGAGGGUCAAAAGAAUUACAGACGAGAUAGUGUUAUUGACGACCCAGAUGAGAAAUAUUGAGAGGCGGAUGCUUUGGAACUUCAGAGAGAGGAAUUUACUUCAUCUAGAGACGCUGACUACCCUUCUUGAUUUUACUUAUAGUUCCAUCUUUAGUCUCCUCGAUGAACUUAUUGCAGCUAAUGCGGAACGAGAUCAAACGACGUAUGACCUGCAGUGCGCUAUUAGAUUGCUAUUCUUACUUGUACGGUUUAACGCAAGUGACGAUAAGUAUAUUCUACUACGUUCGGCAAUUGGAUUUGAGACGCAGUUGCGCAAUGACGUGGGUUGGGAGGAAUUGGCCGAUCUGGGAUUGACGACUUUGUUAAAAACUAUAUCCAGAAAGUCGGAUAUCGAUUCUAACCGAGCAAUCUCAUGGUUUAGGUUUGAAACUGUCAAGGAUCUUUCAAAACUCAAGAGACGUAUCGUACAUGCAGUAGAAAAAUUAAAUAAGGACUCAAAUGUGAUUGACAUUGAAUCCUAAGAUGCUUUCGUGGGCGAUAACACUGGGACGUGUUAUAGCGUUCUGCAAGCAAUAGCUCUUAUGGAAUUGACACACUGUAUUGGACCUGAGUAAGCGGAGUGGCGAGCAUUUUCCGAAGCAUGUUCCGCAAUCCACUAUACCAUGUUUUAUUUAUCAUCCCUGCAAUAACGAACACAAAUGUUGCGCUGAUUUCAGGGAUCUUAUUAUGCGGUCACUUAUUUAGUUUUUUUUUAUAUACCAUUUUCUGGAACAUUUACCUCUGUUCGGCAGUUGUGAUUAACAGGUGCGAAACUUAAUUUCAAAAAUGUGACUUGAAGAAAGCGGAACAUAGGCAGUGUUAAAUACUCUUUCCUUUCGAGAACUGUACGAGAGAACUUGAAGAUUUAUAACUAUUAUAUAUUUUAAUGUUGUCAUGUUCCCUUUUGUUUCUGCGUGUAUGUAUACCUCUUCUCCCUUUGUAACCAAUGAGAAAUUUCAUGCUUGGCAUAAACUUAAUUCCAUGUGACAUGCCAAGCAAUUGCAGCUAGUGAAACUACCGUAAUUGAUUAGUUAACCGACUAAUUAUGGAACGAAAGUGAUAAGGGCUUAUUCCAGGAAUCGGACCAUAGCCACAGGGCUACAGCAUGCCAGCAACGAAAGGAAAACAGAUAAAUUUUAAUGGGACCGGAAAGGAAGCAAAGGGCGAUUACAUACGGUUUGAGUAUUCAUUGUAUUAUCAUAUAAUUAGUUCUUGUCAAAGAUUCAUGAUCGUUCUAUUGUAAUAUUCCAUCACAGAGGCGGGAACUACUAGGCGCAAGAUUAUGCACCUAAUAUGUCAUUUGAUGUAGAAUUCGAAUACUCUUGGGCAUACCACCUCACUUACGGAAAGAAUCUUUUGACUCGCAAUAAUUACCAUUAAGAUUCAAUAGUAAUUACUAAUUGUCAAAAAUAUUUAUUAUUAGAAAAUAAUGGGGAGGUUAUCAUUGGAAACACAGUGCAGUCUCGCGUAAGUUGAUCGCUCGUUAUCGAGAAUCUUCAUGUAAGUUGAACCUCCCCGCUAUCCCCACUGUUUCGCAGAUUCGUGUUGAUUUGCGGCAGCAUUGUCAGUGAGCAUGCGCUAAGUCCAGCGCUCAUUAAAAGAAUAGAACAUGAUAGGGGAAACCUCUCAGGGAGGAAGUCAACUUAUGUGAGUGAGUCAACCCUUAUGGUUAAAAACUAUUCCAUUCGCAAUAGUUACUAUUAAGAUAAAAUAGUAACUAUUCAUUGUCAAUAGUGCAAACUAAUAGAAAACAGUAGCAACUGUUGGGGAGAUUAUCAUUCAGAAUAGUUACUAUCGAAGUGCAAUAGUAGUUAAUAAUGGAGUGCAACUAUUCGGGACAUUUUUAUUGACUAGUAUAUUUUUAUUAACUAGUAUUAGCAUAUUAUAGAUAGUAUUCAGAUAGCUAUUAUGCGACGCAGUUAUUAUUAAACUUUAAUAAUGAUUACUGUUAGAAAGGAAAUAAAGUAUUUGGGUGUAGUUGUCA